GAUACUCUGUUCCCUUUAUCUCUCAUUCCACGGUCAGUGCAAUAUAAAUGUGUUUAUACCCUGUCUGCCCUUUACAGUAGUAAAGGUUUAAUUGAAGUAAAAGCCGUUGGAGGUGGCUCUUACGUGUGUGGAAUAACGAUGAUGAGCACAGACUCCCUGGAGUCAUCUUUUGUUACAGCGAAGUGUGGUGUGAUCUGAUUUUGGCACGGAGCUGGUCUCCCCCUCCUGUCAGGAGCUGGACUCAUCAUCAGCAGUUAGAGAGCAGUCCUCUUAAAGCCAGUGUGCGUAAAACGUGUCUUCACAGGAAUUCACCCUCAAGUGUUUGGGAACUGCAUGUAGAUUUUAAGUCAUUACAGCUGUGCUGUACUUAUUCCCUCCCUAGUGGAAAGCCAGGAAAACUGUCAUUUUGAAACUUUCUGGUGUUUAACCUCUUAACUUUUUCAGGAAGGGUGAUUCCUUCAGGUUGUGCUGUGUAAUUAGUGUUACAGCUUGAUGGGAUGCUUCGUUUAUUACAGAUUACAAAUGCUGCAACUAUAGCUUCUCCUUUAUUUGGGAUCAUGGUGCUGCCACGUAGCUUUUUGUAUAGCACAAAGCACAUGUUUCAUAACUGUGGGAAAGGACAAAGAAUUUGUCCUUGUGUGACAAAUUAGCUCAAGCAGCCAUUCUGCUGGGUAUGAGAGAACCUUCCAGGUUUUGCUGGGGUGAUGGAAGCUGGGGAGAAAUGGUGAAGUUUUUCACAAAACUGCUCCUGCCAAUGACGAGUGAGGCAGCGAGAAAGCUUGGGUGUUCCUCCAGCUGCUUUCACAGAUCAAGGAGUCACAGUCUUUCCUUGAAAAGCCUUGGCAGUGACCAGACACUAGUGGAGCACAGGGUGCUGCUCUGAACCUGUAAGUGCUGCCUAAAAAAUCCAGGCCUGAGGCACGUAAUCAAAAAGCUGCUUUUCUGCUGCCUACAUGGUUGCAAAUGGAGCCAGUCAUGUGUCCUACUGCUGUCUUGCAGUGUCCAGCAUUUUGACCCCUUUAAAAUAAUGCAAAAACUUCGGACAGUGAAAAUUGUUGGCUUCAUAAAAAUUUCUGGUUGUCAUUGAACCCUGUUUUCCUGUUUACAUCUGAUUUCAGUUGGGGCGCAGCCGUGCCAACUUGUACUGGCGUACUUGUGCCAGCCACUAUCCUUGGCCUUCGAGGAAUGCAGCCUCCUUAAAUAGGAACAUGGCAAGGCUUGUCCCUUAUGAUCUGCAGUCGGCAGCAGAAUAUGUGAAGUCCCGCCUGCCUGAAGUCCUGAAACAACACCUUCAAGACUAUGAGAAGGACAAGGAGAACAGCGUGUUGUCUUACCAAACUAUCCUGGAACAGCAGAUUUUAUCCAUUGAUCGAGAAAUGCUGGAAAAAUUGACUGUAUCCUAUGAUGAAGCAGGUACAACCUGUUUGAUUGCACUGUUGUCAGAUAAAGAACUCACAGUGGCCAAUGUUGGAGAUUCGCGAGGAGUCCUGUGUGACAAGGACGGGAACGCUAUUCCCUUGUCACACGAUCACAAGCCCUACCAGCUGAAAGAGAGGAAGAGGAUUAAAAGAGCUGGUGGUUUUAUCAGCUUCAACGGCUCCUGGCGCGUUCAGGGGAUCCUGGCCAUGUCCCGCUCAUUGGGAGAUUACCCUCUGAAGAACCUGAAUGUUGUCAUUCCCGACCCCGAUAUCCUUACCUUUGACCUGGACAAACUGCAGCCAGAGUUCAUGAUCUUGGCAUCGGAUGGUCUGUGGGAUGCUUUCAGCAAUGAGGAAGCCGUCCGAUUCAUCAAGGAACGCUUGGAUGAACCACACUUCGGUGCAAAGAGUAUAGUGCUACAGUCCUUUUACAGAGGAUGUCCCGAUAAUAUAACAGUGAUGGUGGUGAAGUUCAGGAAUAGCAGCAAAACAGAGGAACAGUAAUUACCAGUGGUUCUCUGCCUCGCUCUGAACUUAAACCAAACUCUUAAGUUUUAAACAUAGUAGAAAGCUCUAGUAAAUACCAUUAAGAUUCUACACAAAAGGAACAGAUCCCUCUGGUCUUUGUUCUUUGCUUAACAAAAGGAGCAAUACAACAAAUACGUUCUGAGUGAUUAGAAGAAUUAAGUUUGUUCACAUGUACCUGUCUUCUGUGACCUUGCUGCUCCUUAGAAGCUAACUGUAAUCUUCCAUUUCAGAAUUUUCCUCACAAAUCCUGUGUAGGCUUUUCCUUUGAUCCCUUUCCUCUCAUUUCUAGUGGUCAGAGGUUCAUUUAGACACACAGUCGGGUCAGGGCUGUGCUGUCACUUAGCAGCAAGUGAUAGGAGUGAUGCUGCUCUUCACUCAGGUGGGAUGCCUCAGAAUGAUGCUCUCAUGUUUCUCAUCUCUUUUCUUUUUUAAUCUGCAGUCAUAAGGUUGUAUAGGAAAAGGUUUGUGAUUAUUGGCCUGGUAUUGAUAUGAAGGAGGAAAAGGAGCCAAAUAUUAGCCUGCUACCACAGAACUGGCUCUCUUACUUUGUUUAACCUCGCCCUUCUCUUCAAUAAAUCCUCACCAAGCAUGUGAUUAGGUGUAGCUACUGAAUUACCUGAAGCCACAUGUUUAUUCAGUCUGUACAUUACUCUGAUAACAUUCCUUCUAUGCCAUAUUGUAUUCAAACCAACUGAUGUUAAACUUCAGCAAAAUAUCUUGAGGUCUGACACCUUCUAUAGCAAAAAAUAGCUCUGUUGUGAUAGAAGAAUGUUGGUCAUUCCCCAAGACUCAUGUUAUUUGUUUGGCAUGGACUUUUCAUAGGCAUGGGAAGAAAGUAAUGCAAGGUAAAAUUUACUUUGUUAGUGACUGUUUGGAAAACUAAUGAAAACAGGGCAUUCCUGAGAGUGACUUAGAUGGAAGUCAGGGCUAUUAAAGACUUCCGUGUACCACUGCAGAUUAAUUGGUGGUGUUAAUCCAGGAGGAAACCACUGUAGAACCGUUCUUUGGUAUAACAUAUAAAUGCCAGGCAGUGGCCUUGCACUGCAGAGAUGAAAGCUUGUGUUAGGUCUAGAUAAAAAUAAGUUUAGAUCUAACUUUCAGUAUUUAAUUGUAUUUUGGAAUUUGUGACUACUGUAAGUUUAAACAAUGAUAGCCAGAGUUUGCUCUACAUCUGGUAACUUAGUUGCCUGCUUCGUGACCGAGAGGCAGUGGUGGCGGAGUGGCAGGGCAGUGUGUGCUGAGGAACAGAGCCAGGGCCCGAGGUGGAGGUGAGUGUUUCAGACGCCUGCUGUACCGGUGUUGUGUUCUAUAAUAAUCCUGGGGAUUCCCUCCCUUCAAAAUGUUGUCCUGGACAAUCUGCUGAGGUCUCUUGUCUUCAAGGUGAUGGAGACUGUUGGUAUUUGCAUCCUGAGGGGAAUCACAGAUGUAAUGCGUUAACUAACAUCAUCUGUUCCUUGGGUAAAGAUACAACAUCACUUAGUUAAUCAGCCACCUGUUGCUCAUCACCCACCCAUAGGAUUUUGGGGCAAGUGGCUUGCUGGUCCCCAAAAUACCGUGAUGUGUUGUGGUUAUGCUGAGCAGGUGUGUGUCUUAAGACAGAAAUGAAAGAGGACAAAUUUCUGCAUGAGCAGGAAUUCCCAUCUUAGUCUUUUCAUUUUUGUUCCUAGGCUAUCUCUUCCCCAGUAAACUUCCCUCCUUUAAUUUGUUUGGAGAGUAUCACAACUCUUAGUCAGAUCUGUUGCUACUACCAGUGCUGUUCAAAUUGUAUCGUACGCUCUAGGUGCCUCUUCUCACCCCAGACUCUGCCCCUCGACUCCACGUAACAGACAACUGAAAAGCAGAAGUGUGAAAGUGUCCAGCAUCCUCUGAAACCAGCAGGCCCCAGCCUGCACCGCUCCUUCCCCGGAGGACGAAGGCUGCGGACUUCUUAAAUCUCUUGAACAGUGCAUUCGGGGAAUUUUAAAUGCAACUUUGAGGUUAAAUUGAGCAGCUAACGGGAAAUGUUAAUAGUGACAGAGCGCUUCAGUUAUUUUAUUUUGAAAAGGUAUAUGAGGUCAGAAUGCUGUGAAAUUAAAUCCUUGUGUGAUAUUUUCAUGGGAGUGCUUAAUCAUGUACUCAGUGAUGCUACAGCAGCAGUAUCGAAACUGCUCCGGGCAGAGCUCACAGCGCGUGUCGCGUUUGCCUUUCCUUUCUCCUUCAUAGACGAUGUUUCUGUUGUACUGGCUUUUCUUUGGAGGACACAGCCUGGAUGCUUGUCAAAACAGCUGUCCAGGGAACAGAAGAAUUAGACCCAGCAGCCUACAGAACGCUAAAGCAGAGGGAUGCUUGUGUAGGAGAGACAUCACCGCUAAUCCAUCGCAGGCAUUUGAGAAGUUGGAACUGGGGCAACGGUCAGCUCCAAAAAAUACCCCAUGGUAGACUAACCAUUGAACAAAAAGUUUACAGCUGCCACUCGACCUCCUGCAGCUCAUGUUCUUGAGGUUAGUGAGUGCUGCUGAGGGAUGCUGACCUGCUCCGGAGCACAGCUUACUGCUUCAGCACUCAAGAUACACAGAAUGAGGUGUCAGGAAUCCUACGCGUUCACAGGCUCCUGAAGAACCAUGGGGAAGCAGUGGGAGGGUGGCUUGCUCUGGAAGUAAGCCAUGCUCACGGGAUUUAGGAAAACAGCACAGUGCACUACAGAACUGUUUUGCAGACUCAUCUGAAUAUUUAUUCCAGGAUUCAUUCACCCUGUCAUUCACAGGCCCAUUCAGUCAGUUACCCCAUCAGCCCUAUUUCAACCUUCCAGCGUCUGCAGUAGCAGCAACAGCUGUUUUAGCACCUUCAGUUUUCUCUGCAACACUCCCACCUUUCUAGUAGCUCUUUCCUGGCCAAAGACAUUCAUGCCAAUGAUUUCUGGUAAAGUUGCUGACUUUUGGUUUUAUUAUUUAAAAAAACUAGCUACAGCUACUUUAGGUUUAAGGAUGAAGGUUUAACGGAGAUGAGAGGCUUGUGCAGUCUUCCACAUAUAUGCGCAGUGCCUACCUAUGCUCCCUGCUAGAAGUUUUUACUCCAGAUCUAGACAUUGGUAACUUUCCACUCAUGGUGAUUUGUGCCAAAUCCUGUCGUGAUACAUGCAGCUGUUGGAUGACAAGAUUAAUUAAUGUAUGUAUUGCUUAUGCAGCCUAAACAAUUUGGGGGCUGAUCCUUCACUGCCUUAAUCUAUACCCUACAUCUGGAACGGUAGCCAGACAUUGUUGCCAGAAAUACCCCGAGUACACUCAAGCAGUGUGGCAGAAUGUCUUACAGCAGCAGAGAGGGAGCACUUCCAGCACACCAUUCUCCAGGCUGCUCUUCUGCCUGGGCACCUCUCCAGAAGAAGGGAGAUACAUUUUGGUUAAAGCAGCUUGUGCCCAUCUGAGAGCUCCCUCCUGCUGUACGUGCUCAUGCCUGGGUUUUGUUGCUUAAGCCCGAGUAGCUCCGCUGGUGACAUCUGUUCAGCAAGUAAGAGCAUCACAUGGCAGAAAACUGACAGAUUAAGUUGCUGCCAAAGAGCACCUUUCAUAUGGUUCAAUAUGAAAAAGUGCACCUUGUAAUUAGUCAUCUGAUCCAGUACUUAAAAGAAGUUGGGCUUUGCCUGGUGAUACUGCAAGCUAGCAGUAGUUAAAUUAAGCUCAUCAGGUAAUUAACUCACAUAGUACAUUUUAAAGCUACUACCUUUUAGCUUCUCAUCCUGAUUAUAGACUACCAUUGAGUGUAUUGUUCUUACCAUAUACCGGUGGGUUUUCUGAAAGGCUGCUCAUCCAUAGGACGUAAGGGCUACAAAUAUCUUUCACCCUGCACAGCUCCUGGUACCAUCGCAGGGAUCCCAGGUCUUGGAACCAGCCUCGUUAUGUGAGACCGUAGCUCCGUCUAGUGGCUGGCCUGAGCACGGUAACCAAGCAGCGGGCCUUAAAAGUUACGAGUUGCUCUCUUAGCCGCUGUGAAAAACGUGAUUUGAAGACCCCGCUGGCCUUUGCGCAGAAGUUUGCUGUGAGGUUGAUGCAGAGCCGCUCUCUCAAGCUGAAUUCUACAGCAGUGCUGAAGCGGUGCCGGCUGUGCAUGUGCAUCCACAGGCUAAGUAUCAGCCAAGAAACACAGAUAACUCAGCUACUAAGAAGUUGGGACACGCCUCAAUCCUGCCCCAUGUCCUCAGCCAGCUCACCCCCAGCACGGGUGUCUUCACAUCCAUGAAUGCAUUUUUUGUGGGAUCUAAACCUUUGGCAGCAGUGCAGCUUACUAGACCAUAGCAAUCCAGUUUAGGGGAGGCCAGAAUCCAUCACUAGUCCCGGGCUGGCAGGAAACACCAUUUCAUAUAAAAAGUAAUGCCACAUCUUUUGUCACGACAUCCAGUACUAGUGGUCUGGGCACAUUGAUCCUGUCUCACAGGGAAGGGAUGGUGACAGAGGACGCUGUGAAGACUGCUGUGGUCCUACAGUUUCUAAAAAUACAGAAUUUGAAAUGAAUGAGCCUGUUCUACUGAGCAGAAUGUUUAGAUUAUAAAGUAAAUUACAUCCAGCACCAGGUAUUGGCUACUAACUUGUGAACAUAAGGGCGGUACCAGACUGCUGCUAAGGUCAUUACAGUAUUAUACCAUUUACAUAAGGUGAAAUAAAAAUAAAUAGUUGUGUUUGGAGUACAGAAGUUAGUACUAAAGCACUGCAUCAGCUUGAACUAAUAGGGUUUCCUACGUAAGCACUAAUGCUGCACCUUGAAAAUAAGGAAGUUAUGUUCAGCUGCCCUCAGAAUAUGUAACAUGCUUGCCUUAAAUAACAUUAUUAUAUUGAUAGUAUUGGAUACUUUACACAGAGAAACAUGUAGCAAGUGAUUAUACAAAAGAAUAAAACCCCCUCACCAGCCUUUCAUUUCCUAAAGCAGGUUUUUAGGCCUCCAGCCUGAAAUCUGGCUGUAUGAAAUUGCGAGGUUAAAAUGUAGAAUGUUUGGCUGAAGCCUGGCAACUGCAAAGACCAGAGCUGAUGCCCCUCAGUGUUGUCAGUAUAUUUAUAAAUCACCAUUCUAAACCCGUGGACUGUAUCUGAAAAGAUAGAUGCAAUUAAGUUAAUACUGAGUUGGAGUUUGAAUCACUUUUAUUUAUAUAGUGCUGACUAUAUAAGGCUUGGGUAGCAGCUGUUUUACCUAAGGUUUCCCUUAGGUAACCUGAAGUUCUCAGUAUCGGCUGUGUCUAGUUACAGCUGAUGAGUUAGAUGCUCUGUUAUGCAGGAUGUGUGCAGUCAAAGCAGCUGAAGCCCAUCCAAACCCGUAAAUAGUGGCUCAUAUCAAGAGCAAUUCUUGAGUAAAGUUUGGAAACCCAUGUUCAGAAGCAGGUGAGCUCGUGGGUUUGGUCUCAUCUGCUCAGGCUCAAGGAAAACACUGAAUUAGUUGAGCAAUAGAGAAAUAAAGCGCUUUUUCUGCAUGUAAGUGGCCAACCCUCUGUUCCCUUAAGUCUCCUGUGGAGACGCAUCCGUACUUCUAGGGACACGGAUGCUCAGAAAUCUACUCCAGCCCAUAUUCCACCACAUUAAUUAAAUGAAUAAUUGGUUAUAAUGUUUCAGAAAUCUAAAUGCAGAGCUGUCAAGCAUUGCUCCCCAGCAAUUCCUACACCAUAUGCAGGGGUGCGAGAACAAUAUAGCUGAAACUGUGCUUUAUCUGCACUUGCUUUCAUCUUGGUAGCACCAAGAGUCAUGGGAAGAGUUUGGGAAGAGUUCUUUGAAGGUAGUUCCAUUCCAUACUGAAUCUCUCUGCUGCUCUCUGGUGCAUCACUCCUAGGUGCGUAAGCUCAGUACGAACCAUAAGCAGUGCUUAGCUGUGCUGGAUUUACAAGCACAAUCAAUUUUUAUAAAGUUCAAACCCAUUUACUUUUAACAUGGCAAACUGUAACAAUGGUGUAACUGUUAAGUACAAGGUGAACAGCAGCAGGGUCUGCAAAAACAACUUUAAAACCUGGGCUGUGUGGAUAUUACACCAAGCGACUGUAAAACCACUUCUAUCCAGCAUAUCUGGAAAUGCUCCCUCAGAAACGACUGAAGUGGCCACAUUAGGAAAGAACGACACAUUUAGAACUCUACAAGGGCAGGUCAGAGCUUUAUUAACAAAAAUCCUGCACAACACCCAAGAUAACAAAACCAUGACAUUUAAACAUCCGUCUUGGUUAAGGACAGCUUCCAUUUAGUGCAACAGGGCUGUGUUAUCACAGGUAACAGCCUUUUCAGGCUGGUUUGUAACAUUUUUUCACUCCAAGCCAGAAGUGUGUUUAAGAUUUUAUCUGUAUUGCCAGCUCAGGGCAGAGUGCACUUUACUCCUAGGUGGAGGACGGCUGCAGGCCAGGCGUGGCUGAGGGGAGUGGCAGGGUACUGGGCUGAGCCCCAGCGCAGCCCGGAUGGAUGCGAUGCCCACAUGCCGGCCUCUCUAAACCUCAUGCAGACCACUCGUAUCAAAUGUGGUCUGGAAAAUUAACAUGCUGUCAGAAGACUGGCAGCGGGCAGAGCUCAGAUAUAUGAACCAUUUCAAGAGAGGGUGCUGGGGUAAAUGUUCUAUUUUUAAGACCUUAUUUUAUAGGAGGAAAACUAAGUCCCAAUGUCCCGUAAGGGCAGAUAAGGCAAACUGUACUACAGGUAGUAUUUCCUCCUGCGAGUUGCAGGUCAAUACUGCCUUUAGCUAAGAAUCACACACAGCAUCAUUUCAGAGAGAGACUACAUAUUCUUUGGUUCUGUGAAAUGACAGGGCUUUAGGAAUUUUAGAAACCCGAUAUAUAAAUGGAGUGGGGUAGGUCUGGUUUUGUUUUACAGUUUCAGGUUUCUUCCAGAUACAGACUCAACUACAAAUGAAAACCAAACCCAACCACCUGCUUAGCUUCAACGUUUUCUUUCCUUCCUGCACGGAGCACUGGCACUUGGUUGUGGUUUGCAGCUUAAUACACAGUAUCUGCAUUAAAACCUGAUGAGCUUAAUUUAACAGAGACUACAGAAAGCUUUGCCCUACCACCUCUAUCUUAGGCAAACUGUAAAGUACAUAUUAAAUGUACAUACUACUCACUACUGCGGAGCAAAGCUCUGCGUCCCAAACUGCUCCAAUAUACCUAACAUAACUGAUGGACACAGAUCAGGAAUUAGAGUCAUGUCAUUCAGUUAACCUUUAUCAGUUUUAAGUUUAAAUUUGAAAGAAAUACAAUAAAUUUACGUUAUUGAUUGUGCAUCCAGGCAUUUGUGAGGUCUUUGCAAUGAACUGUGACUGUAACUAGAAAAGGUGAGACAAAACUUAGAAAAAUAUUCCGAACUGUCUUAGGUUCUGCUGAUACUGAUCAUAGCGAAUAAUGCCCCAAAGUUUGCAGCAUGCGCUGUCUCACAGUUGAUUUUGAACUUGUUUUUUCCAGAAUGCACACAAAACAUUUAAGCAUUUGACUUUCUAACUCUUCUGGAAUACCAUACAGGAAGCACAGGCUUGAAAUUUUACAUUUUAAACCCCUUCUCUGAUCCACCCAGCAGCAGUUCCAAACAUCUUUGACCAAUAAGUUGUCAUUAGGCUUUUCAAGUUGGAAAGCCUCACGCUUUUUCUUAUCAAAGUCACAACUGCUUGGAAUUCUGAUUUAUUACAGCUUUCUGAACCAUUUGCCUGCAUGAGAAAAAGAAUCUGGGUAUUUGGAAAAGUCUUAGCCUGUGGUUUAGGCUUCAGUUUUAGUACAGUAUCGUAGGCAGAUGCAAUAAAAUUUGGGCCCACCACUGACUUCAGUGCUUGUAUUAGUUCACAUUCUUAAGCUUUUUUUACCUUUUGCAUGGCUGCUCACACUAGAAAUUUCCCUGAUAUUUGCUUUAAGCAGAAACAUUAGCUUAGUUGUGAAUUUUUAGUCUUUUAAGCAAUAAUAAGGUCAGACUCAAAUACAAGCCAGAUCUGGAAAUGAAAAUAAAAUUUUUAAAAAUAGAACGGGAACAGGAAUAUUUUACACCAUACAUUUCUUGCAGAGUUGAUGUCACUUUACAUGACAAUUUCAGGUGGCAUAAACAGACCACUGUGUAUGAGCAAAACCCUUGUAAUCUAUGAUUGGCAUUAUCAUUCUGGGGCACAAAUACUAAAAACUACCUUGCUUGGUGGCUUGGUGACGGCUGUGUUUUCCCCGCAGCCGCCUCUCUGUGACUGUGGGUUCUGGGUCUCUCAGCGGGAGCACCGGCUGCUUUAGCCAGCCGCCUUCUGAAGGCUGCAGCGUCUCUCAUAAUUACUUUUUUUUUUCUUUUUUGAAAAAGCAAUACAAACUGUGGUAGCAUCAGUGUUCUUGUGACAAAUAAGUGAUUUCUCAACAUUUAACAUGGCAGGCUUGUAACAGAAAAAAGGAGGUUGGUUUUCUUUAAGAUGUGUAAACAAUCAAAGAACAAGUGAAACAUUUCUCACAGUGCUCUCGGGAUCUGAUCACAGUACAACAAUCAAAUAACAGAUCCUAAACCCACAGGAACAGCUGUAGUUUUACCUCCGUUUUGAGAAAUAGAAGAGCAUUCUUUCCUCCAUUAUGCAAUACUGUAUCUUUAGCUAUU